GGCAGCCAGAGAGGGAACCGAGCCAACCGCUGGGAAGGCUGAGCUUUUUUAGAAAUUAGACCUUCCCGGCCUCUAAGGGGGCACAGUGACUACAGCACCGCACCCGAGAGCAAGGUGAUGUGGCGCAGAGAAUGCGAACCCUACAGGAACGGAUCGCCCUCAGCCACCCGCCUCUAGCUUAGGGAGCAGUCGCCUCUCCGUCCAACCAUGGGACUUUCGGGACUCCUUCCAGGCAACCGGUGGGAAGCGUGCCAUCUUUGGUGUGGUCGCCCAGAGCCUUGAACGCUGCGCUCAGCUGUUCUGUCGCCGCUGCCGGGAAGGGCUCAGCCGCUGUACUGAGAGCCCUAGGUACUCGUCCCUCAGGUGAGUGUCUCUUCCUGGGCCCCAGAGGCUACCGGCUCCCUGGGCCUGACCGGACAAUGGCGCACCUCUCCUCUGCCUCCUCUACACCGGCCGCCUAGCUCCUUACACCUCUUCGCCUACCUCCGCCGAGGCGGCGCGGGGAAAGCGCCCAGAGAGGCUGUGGGGACACCAGACGCCUGCCUCGGGAGGGCUUCGCUUCCCCUUUCCUUCCAGCCGAUCGGCUGCUGGCAAAUGACAAGACGCGGCGGGAGGUGGGUGUGACUGGAUCCCGAGAAGGGCUGGCUUCCCUAGGUUAGGAGGGAGCGGUGUUGGGAGUCCCCUAAGGGAGCAGGUGCGGUCCUAGCCGGCGGCUCUGCCCUGCCCUGCCCUACCCCCCACUGCGUGGGCGCCCACGCGGGAACAUGUAUGGCGAACUCUUCAAUUCCACCAGUGCCGCCGAAGUCCCGCUCCCGGUGCACACCAGCACGCUGUAUGGGAGCGGGACCCCGAAGCCAGUGAGCUCCUCUGCGCUCUACGUGUCCACAGCUCGGGCACUUAAGGAGGGGGAGAUAAGCAAGCCAGACCUGGUGACUUACCUCGUGUUGUUCUUCUUCCUACUCUUGUCCGUGUCCAUCAUCGUGCUCUUCAUUAACUGUCAGCUGAAAAACUCCUUCUUUGCCACUUUACCUUACGAUCGAUCUUUAAGGGAGGCUCGGACUCCGUGGAAAACGCAGGCUGUCUAACACCCCAGGCGGGCGGCAGCUGGAAUAAUCGACCCAGUCUGCUCCUUUGACUUGAAAAUUCUUAGUGCUGCUGGAACCUGCUUUGCGAGGAGGAAACCUGUGCCAUGAAAUGUCCCCUUUUUCUUUGACCAGGAUGUGGACGCAAAGGAGGCCCGUUUUAGAGGGAACCAAGUGGACAUAAGUUAAUGUCGCCAAACUGGUCCCCAAAGGACCAUUCUUUAUCACAUCAUCUAGAAAAAAAGCCCUAAUAUUUUCUUUGUUUGGCAUUUUGUAUAGCUUACAGACUCUGUGUGAGUGUAAAUUGUUUGGAUGGAUGCAGGUGGGGGGGGUAAGUGUGUGGCCUCACACUCAUCUAAAUGGUGAAAUGGUGAAAAAUCUAGCGGUUUCUUCAUCUCUGUCUUCCCAGAGAGAGUGUCACCCAAAGUCCAAUGUAGGGUUGAGAAUUCUUCCAAAAAGCACAAUUUGCAGUCUCCUGAUGAGACAUAGUGAAAGACAGGACUCAGGGUACUUGUUACUUACUCAGUAUGGACUUUCUUACUAUAAGUGAUGUUCAUAACUGGAAAGAUUGUAUAGACCCCUGACCUUGGUCUUUUGCUUAGCUUUUCCCAAAGCAAUGAGUCACACAGUAGAAAAGGGAUCAAAAAACAAAAACAAAAACCAAACAAACCCAGAGGAGGUCAGAUUAACAAAUCGAACUAAAAAUUGUGAUGAGUAAUGCUUGGAUCUGCUUGGGGGUUUGUAAAGCUUGAAGGGAUUACUCCAAUCUUACUAUCAGCAUCUUGCAUCACUGAUUUUAGGCAUGCCAGUUAUAAAUGAAGGCCAUAUCAUCACACUGGGGGAGUGUUCCACACAAAGGAACCAGUGUAUAUGAUGUUCUGACAUUGUGAAGAUGUAAAGCAUGUCACCUGUGGUCCAUAAAAGAUGUGCACACCAAGCUGUUCAGAGCUGCCAAGACAUAACCAUAAAUGUGUAUGUGGUGUAUGUAUGUAUCACACACAAUCUUACAUAAAGAGAUGAGAUUUGUAUCAGUGGGACAGAGUCCUGAGGAAAGCUUCCUUCCUGUUUCAGAUUGCUUAAACCAACUAUUUAUACAAUAAAACCUCGAUAAUUUGGACCCCACUGACAUGAAAUCUGUGGUGCUUUGGUUGGAAGAGAACUUUGAGAUAUUUCAGGCCAGCAGACCCCUACCUGAUAUGUGUUUGGUUACCUCUGACUACCUUUCUAGUUACUGAAUCAACUGAAAAGUCACAUUGCUUCAAUAUGAGUCUGUCUGGUCUAUGCUCACUCUUUCCCCAGAUUACCCAAAUUAGUGAGACUUAACCUUAUUUGCCCUGGCACAGAGUGUGUACAUUAGGCAGAGGUAGUGUAUUGUAGAGGAGGAAGCAUGUGUU